AUGCCAGUUAGCUUCUUUACAAUGAGGCCAAAUGUAAAUAAAGUGUCGGUAAGAAACGCCAACAUACUUGCUACAAUUGGGUGGCACGGCGCUUUAUAUUUGAAAGAUUCACAUUCAAAUGCUAUGGACGAAAAGGAGGCUUCUUAUCCCGCCCUUGACCGGAUUCAAAGAUCACGACUCUUGGCGCCACCUCCUCAAGCUAAAGGCUGGAGGAAUCGUGAUGUCUUCUUCUUCGUUCUCCUCCUGAGGGAAGACGCACCACCACUGUUUCCGGCCACCGGAAUUCGGUCGCCGUGUUGGUUCCGGCGAGAGCGCUUUCGUUCGUACCGGUGGGAGGGCUUGGCUGGCACGAAGGAGGCCCCUGCUCGUGGAAUCGGACGGAAAGGGGAGAAGCAGAGGGACGGAAAGGCGACCAUGAUAGGAUGGGAUUCGUAUCUCCGCUCCCUGUUUCCGGACAGUCCGUCCAAUCGCACCGAGCAGGCGGAUCGGUUCAUACCUUCAAGGAGCCCCAUGAAUAUAGGAUUUGCGCAGUCUCUGUUAAGUACAACAGGGAAAAAGGGUCCCUCCCCACCCAUAUCACCAGCAUCCUCAACACCCAAGGAACUCUACCAGAAAAUGCUUGAAGACGUUUUUUUGACAGAUUCUGACGGGAAACCGUACAGAAUGCUCAGAUUUCAGCCAAGCACAGGAUCGAUGAAGAAGAGAACGCGUUUUAUCGACGAGAUGCGUCAUGAGGACGAAUCUCCGCCUUCGUCUAGGAGCGUCCGUUGCUUACCGAAGUCGUCUGAUCGGAUACUUGAUGCACCAAACCUAAUGGACGAUUACUAUUUGAAUGUCCUGGACUGGGGGUCCAAUAAUGUACUAGCAGUUGCUCUUGGAUCCACGUUGUAUCUGUGGAGUGCAGAUACUGGGAAGGUGCGAGUGCUCAUGGAAGUUGAGGAGGACCACUAUCUCAGUAGUGUUGCUUGGACUGGAGAUGGGAACACGAUAGCUGUUGGAACCAGCAAUUCUGAUAUCCAGAUAUGGGAUUGUAAAGCACAGCGCAAGAUAAGAAGCCUCUCUGGACACAUGAAGCGAGUGGGAUGUCUAGCAUGGAACGGUUCUGUAUUGACAUCCGGCAGUGGCGACAGCACCAUCAUCAACCGUGACGUGAGAUCAAGAAGCAAUGUUGUAUCACGUCUACGUGCACAUGCCCAAGAGGUGUGCGGGUUAAGAUGGUCAGGGAGUGGCAAUCAGUUAGCAAGUGGAGGCAAUGACAAUCUCCUUCACAUAUGGGAUGCUUCUGUCAUGGCAUCAUCGUCACAAGGAUACCUGCAUCGUUUAACAGAGCACCGAGCAGCCGUCAAGGCAAUAGCAUGGUGCCCCUAUCAGUCCAAUAUAUUGGCAUCAGGAGGAGGAACAGCAGAUCGAUGUAUUAAGAUGUGGAAUACUCAAACAGGCCAAUGUAUUUCCAGUACAGAUACUCAAUCCCAGGUAUGUGCAUUGGAGUGGAACAGGCACCAGAAGGAGAUUCUAAGCAGUCAUGGAUACAGCCAAAACCAGCUUUCCUUGUGGAGAUACCCUUCCAUGACCAAAUUGGGGGAACUGAAAGGACACACUUCCAGAGUUCUCUACCUAUCACAGAGCCCAGAUGGAACCACUGUUGUCUCAGCAAGCGCAGACGAGACAUUGCGGUUCUGGAAGGUGUUUGUACCCCCACAAGCAUCAAAAAAACUGAAAGAAGAUGACAGCCCAUUAUCGUUGAAGUUCUCUCAUAUAAGAUAGACAAGAGUAAUUUUAUUUUUGAGGGACAACCGGAGAUCUGUACAAAAGAGUAUAAUAGAAAAUAAAGUUUCAGGAAUUAAAAUAAUUAAAGAACGAUGGUCGAUGAGACAAUGU